UUCCUUUCCUCAAAAUUCCAAUCACCCCCUGCUUUUAGUUUAAUGCCUUUUCUUGGAUCAUGGGUCGAGUAAAGCUCCAGAUAAAGAAGAUAGAGAACAACACUAAUCGCCAAGUGACCUUCUCGAAGCGUCGCAAUGGUCUCAUCAAAAAGGCCUACGAGCUCUCCGUCCUCUGCGACAUCGACAUCGCGCUCAUCAUGUUCUCCCCCUCCGGCAGGCUCAGCCAUUUCUCAGGCCGGCGCAGGAUUGAGGAUGUGCUUGCUAGAUAUAUUAAUCUCCCCGAGCAUGAUAGAGGAGGAGUUAUCCAAAACCGAGAUUAUUUGAUUAAGACGCUUAAACAGCUUAAGUGCGAGAGCGAAAUGGCUGCGCAAGUAGCGAAUCCCGGAACAGUGAACUCCAACAUAGAGGAGCUACAACAAGAGAUCAGUAGAUAUCAACAGCAGCUGCAGCUAUCGGAGGAGCGAUUAAGAUUAUUUGAGCCCGACCCACUUUGCAUCACAUCUAUGAAUGAGGUUGAAUCAUGUGAGAAGUUCCUCAUGGAGUCCCUGAACCGCGUUACCGAAAGAAAGAAAUAUUUGUUGAGUAAUCACAUGGCCUCCUACGACCCCUCUACGUCGGGCAUGCAGAUGUACAUGCAACCGCACCAAGAUGGUAUCCCGAGCGCGUACGGGAGCGAGACGGUGCAGUGGGUCCUAGAUGGCGCGGCGAAUCCUGGCCAUCAGAUCUUCGUCGGAUCAGAUCCGUUGAUGUCCCUCAGGGAUCACGGGAUCUACGCGAUCUCGCAAGGCGCGGGGGGCCUACCGAUGGACCCGCGCGUGGCGGGGUGCCACGUCAGCGGCCGGGAGGACACGUGGCAGCAGGCGUACACCUCCACGGAGCUGCUCUCCGCUCUGAUCCCAUCCGCGCCGUUCCCUCUGAUCCAGCAUCCGAUGGCGCCAACGGAGUUAACGGCCGUGGUGGCACGGGAGCAGGUGGAGGCCGCGGGGAGUUGCUCGCACGUGCCGAGCGAGGAGAACGGGGCGGCGCACGUUAGCGGGUACGAGGGGAAUUUGGCGCCGGUGAACGUAGGGUGACGCAUGCACCGCGCACGUGCGAAAGGCGCACGAGCGAACGAGUUACCUCGGCCUCGUGCGCUGAUAUUCUAGUUUUCAUAAAUAUAUACAGUAGUGUAUACGUACGGGAGGUGUAGACGAUCGAAAUUAAUGCAACGUGGAAAUUAAGACUAAUUUUCAUACGUUGAGUUUUUUUUUUUUUUUUCGGGGGUAUAUAUACUUUGUGUUGUAUCAAAUGAAUUAAAGAAUUUAUAAGCAUCAUAA